GUCCGUGCGUCAGCGGUGGGCGGGGCCGAGCGGCGGUGUUCUCGAACAAACGGCGGAAGCGGCGCGGUGUCACCGAGCAGCCGUCGCGCAUUAAACUACUAUAAUACAACGAGAACCAUGAAGAUCUGGACGUCCGAGCACGUUUUCAACCAUCCAUGGGAAACCGUGACCAAAGCUGCCAUGCAGAAAUACCCAAACCCCAUGAACCCCAGCGUGUUCGGCGUGGACGUGUUGGACCGUAACGUGGACCAGCAGGGGCGGCUGCACAGCAAACGGCUGCUCAGCACCGAAUGGGGCCUGCCGUCCAUUGUCAGAUCGAUAAUUGGCAACACACGGACAUGUACGUACAUCCAGGAGCACUCCGUAGUCGAUCCCAAAGAGAAAACCUUUGAGCUUCAGUCCACCAAUAUCACCUUCACUAACAUGGUGUCUGUGGACGAGCGGCUCGUGUACCGACCACACCCAGAGGACCCAGAAAAGACCAUGCUUACCCAGGAGGCCAUCAUCUCAGUGAAGGGUGUCAGUUUGAGCAGCUAUCUGGAGGGACUCAUGGCCUCCACCAUCUCCACCAAUGCAGGAAAGGGUCGUGAGGCGAUGGAGUGGGUGAUCAGACGUCUGAACACGGAGAUCGAGGAGCUGGCCAUCACAGCCAGAGGAACCCUGAGGACGCCCAUGGCCGCCGCCGUCACCGAGAAAUGAUGCCUCCCGUACCACCGCGCACCUUCCUCUCUGUCGCCGCUCUUCUCUACGCGUCUUUCUCCAAUGGUGGAAGUUCAUUCUCGGCGUCCCGCGCAUUCAAGCGUCUACAUUAGAGGCUGACGGGGACGUCCGGCGGCAGAGAGACGGUCCGAGCUUCGUCAUCGACCGCUGUCGACGCACAACGCGAAGGGGAAGAGGAGCGCUUAUUUACGACAAACUCUCAAACCUAGUUUUAAUGAAUCAGUGUAACGGGACGGGUGAGGGAACAGAUCCGUGCUCUCUGACGUAAUGAUGGAAGAGGAACGUAUGCCAAACCAUUCAGCUCUGUUACACAGUCAGAAAACGCAGCUGUUGGACGCUGGCUAGCAUCGCUUCACCAGCACUUAUACACUUGAAAAUUGUUAGUAAUAUUAUAAGUUAUUUUUAUUGCUACUAUAAUACUAGUAACACUUAAUCCAAGCAGCAAGGAAGGGAACAAACUCAUCCAGACUAGAUUUGGAGGACCAUCGCGGAUGUUUGCUGGAUUCUUCAGAACGUGCCUCGUUAGAAAACCAAUCAGACGCUGAGCGAUUAAGAGACGAUGGUGUGUGAAACGACGGAGCGCCAUCUUCAUUAAGAAUGUUCUAAAUAAUGCUAAUUAUCUCUUUCCCUCAGUAGUGAACAUAUGUGCACUUGCUGCGCUUGAAAGUGAACCGGAGGCCUGAUGGAUCCAGACGUGAAGUGAAAUGUGUUUGUGAUGAUGGGAAACAUCAGAAGUGUGUUUGAGGAGGGUGAAAUACAUUCUAUUUAUUUAUUUAUAUUUUGUAGGUUUAUGUAAUUUCACGGAUCCACAAAUCACAGCUUCACCAUCUUCAUCGUCAUCGUCGGCAACUGGAAAACGGUACGUUGAAUAUCAGUCCUGAACCUGUUUAGUGAACGUGGCGGUGAAGACGGUGCUGGUGUUUGUGGAUGUGUUAAUGCUUCAGGCAUUUACAGAUGGUUGUGUUUUUCCUUCUCGAUUGAAUCGCAUUGAAGAUCUUCUGUGUGUUUGGUUUACUUCAGUUGGAAUGUUAUGGCGAACUAAAAUAAAACAACUUAUUUAUACUGAAUGUAAAUGUUUGUUACUGGCAUAUUUAGUAUUAAAUCACAAAAAGCAACCUGGUGGAAAGUUGGAAAUAAAUUAGGAAUGAAUUAAAUGUCUGUAGUGUUUUAGAGUGGCUCGGUUCUGACGUAACGAGACGUCGGUGAAACCGCAGCAGUGAUCUCUGUUCAUCAUUUGUUCUUUGAACGCAGCCAAAGCUGUUUACAAAUGCUGAAAUAAACUAACAUUCAUAUUAAA